GGGGAGGAGUCGAGGUUGUGGUGGGAAAAUGAAAUUAAUGGCUGGGGUGGGAGGUGGGGGUGGCUGCGCAGGUGGGAGGAGAGAUGAGUUGUGGGUGUUGACUGCUGGGUUUUCCCAGAGGAGGGGGCCAGGGCGAGUUGGGGUGGGGAUCGGGUGAUUGAAAAACCCCUUUUUUUAUUGUUUAUUAUUUUUUUUUAAAAAAAAGGGUAAAUACGGAAAUACAAUUAAUGUUCUUUUGUGUAAUUAAAUUAUUAGUUUAAGUGAGAGGGAAGUGACAUGUGUCGUGAGUAAAAGAACGAAAAUUCAAAAGAGAAAGUUAGAAAAAAGAUGCUAGCAUUCCCCAUCCUUAAACACAAAAAUCCAAACAAAUCCGAUUACUUCUUAUCAUUUAUUUGAAUACAGACCUUUAAAUUCAAAGGCUUUCCAGAAGAGAAGGCCUCUUCCUUCUGUUCAAAGGCUUCCCAUUUCGAAUAUAUCAAUGGCAGAAGCAACAAAGAGGUAUGCAGUUGUUACUGGGGCAAACAAAGGCAUAGGAUUGGAAACUGUGAGGCAAUUGGCCUCAAAUGGAUUCACUGUAGUUUUAACUGCCAGAGAUGAGAAAAGGGGUCUUGAAGCUGCUGAGAAACUCAAAGAGUCUGGCCUCUCAGGUCAAGUGGUUUUUCAUCAACUUGAUGUGGCUAACCCAGCUACUGUUGCUUCCUUGGCAGACUUCAUCAAAACCCAGUUUGGGAAACUCGAUAUCUUGGUGAACAAUGCAGGGAUUUUUGGAAGCAUAUUAGAUGGUGAUGCUUUUAAAGCUGUAAUAGCCUCUGGUGCCGUGGAAGGAGGAGAAGUUGAUUUGAGUAAACUAGUGACUGAAACGUAUGAGUUAACAGAAAAAUGCUUGCAAAUAAACUAUUAUGGUGCUAAAAGAACAGCUGAAGCACUUAUCCCACUCCUCCAGUUAUCUGACUCACCGAGAAUUGUUAAUGUUUCGUCUGGCUCGGGGAAGUUAAAGAAGAUACCAAGUGAUUGGGCUAAAGGAGUUUUUACUGAUGCCGAAAACCUAACAGAAGAGAGAGUAGAUAAGGUACUGACUGAGCUUCUAAAAGAUUUCAAGGAGGGUUCACUUGAAAGUAAGGGCUGGCCUUCUUCUAUGCCUGCCUAUAUAGUCUCAAAAGCAGCACUGAACGCAUAUACAAGGAUUCUAGGAAAGAAGUACCCCACUUUUCGUAUCAAUUCAGUCUGCCCUGGCUUUGUCAAAACAGAUAUAAACUUCAAUGCCGGCGUCUUGCCUGUCGAAGAGGGUGGUGCCAGGAUUGUAAAGUUAGCAUUGCUGCCCAAUGAUGGCCCUACUGGCUCCUUCUUUGUUCACGAUGAAGUGUCAGAUUUUUGAUUGAAGAUGAUCCAUUUAUGCAAAUUUAAUACGAGUCAUUUAUUGGGCAACAUUUGGUACUGUAAUGUAAUUUUAAGUAUUUUGGUAUGUAUAUUGAUUGAAGGAUCUAGUGCAUUGUUUACAUUUCUACUAUUCAUCUGGCUCUUGGACUCAUAUUAUCAUUUACAAUGUUAUUCAGUC